AAAAAAAAAAGCAGCAAGGACAACCAAGACGACACACGACAAUGGGCGAAGUUGUUGUUCCCCGCAACUUUCACCUCCUCGCGGAGCUGGAGAGCGGUGAGAAAGGACAUGGCAAUGGCAUGGUGACAUGGGGCCUGGACCGCGACGACGACCCUCUUCUGCACUACUGGAGGGGAAUGAUCAUCGGCCUCGACCACACGGUGUUCCAAGAGAACAUGUAUUCUGUGAAGAUCUACUGCUCCGACGCGUACCCAGAUGUGCCGCCACAAAUCACCUUCGAGACGCCAAUCAAGAUGGACUGUGUUGAUGCCAGCAUGCAAGUGAUUCCCGCAAAGGUUCCCGUCAUGGCCAACUGGCGCCGCACCAACACCAUGUACGACGCUCUCCAGGACAUUCGCAGGUUGAUGGGAAGCAGUGCAAACCGCAAGACCAAGCAACCUUGACGUCCCCUUUCUCCUCCCUCCCAAUGGAUGUGCCAGCUAACUGUCGCCUGUUCUGUUGCUGCUUUCUUUCUGAUGUGAACACACGCAACGACCCUCCCGCACACGGUUCUCUUGUUUGUUCAUCGACCAUGCUUAUAAACCAAUCCGCAUCAUCGCACAGCACGCCCUGUUUGUUGUUUGUCAACUUCCAACCCUCCAUAUCCCAUUGUUCCUUGUGCCACUUCACCAAAAGAACCCUUCACCACCAUCAUAAAGCAGGAUGACUGUUAUUGGUUGUCUGUCGU